AACGAGUACGUAAAGCGAGGGGUACACGCGUUGUUCAGACAGUAGGGUUUAGUGGUCGGUUCCAAAGAGACCCCUUGCCAUAAUCGGGUUCAACCAUCAGCGGACAAGAAUCGCCUGGUCUCCCGGGUGGGGUUUGAAAUUCCUCGAAUAAUCAGACGAGAACAAAUCUUGGACCCUUCCUCGACAACCAGCCGUCAAGCGGUCAACAUUUUGUUAGCAGGCUAAAAGGUUGGAAAGAUCCAUUGAGGUGAAAGACAUCCCAACUUACUGCCAGAGUACUUUCCAAGGGCAGCCAAACCCACGUGGCACCAUGUUGACAAUCGCAAGGAAACGUCGGGAGGCAGAGCGACACAAGAAGUUGGACGACGCCUUCCAGAAGGCCGAUAUUGAUGGAACGGGCAAACUCACCAAAGAGCAAAUGAUCAAGUGCUUCGAGGUCAACGACGUUGUCCUGCCAAACUUGGAGGAAGACAUCGCCAAACUUGCGGGAAAAGAUGGUCUGAUUACGUUAUCCGAGUUCAAGAAGUUUACCAUGCCCACAGAUCUUUGCAAAAUCGAGUUUCAUGACAGGGUCUUUCAAAAGGUGGAGUACGACAAAGCUGAGAACACGGCCACUGGACCUUCGGCCAAAAAGGAUUCCAAGGCUAAGGCCGAAGCCCUGAAGCAGAUGGAUCGUGUGGAACUUGCCUUUCGGAAGUUCGAUGCCAACCGUGAUGGAUUUCUCAGCCGAGCUGAAUUUGACGAGAUGAUGAAAGACGUCGAGAAGGAACAAGCCGACCGUAUCUUCAGAGCCUGCGACCAAGCUGGGGACGGACGCGUCAGUUUGGAGGAGUUCAGAAACGUCAUUCAGCGGGGCAAGACCAUGAUGAAAAAUUAAUGAGCGAUCGCCUCUAUCCCUCCAUAUAUUUUCUUCUCACUUUUACUGACCGACAACCUUUAUGUGGGGAGGGGGCUACUUUAUCUACCAUAAUUCCUUCUCUCAAACUCUCUCGCCUUCUCACCUUGUCCUGUUCGUGUCAACUUUAGCUCUUCCGUCAUGGCUUGUUUCCUUCUCAAGAGGAAGAUUUUGUGUCUCCAGACGCCCUUUGGAUAUCGUUGUCUGCCUUCUUUCCCCUAAAGCAGCACCUGUUCCGUAUUCCACAUGACGCUUUGUUGACUGAGCGGAGAGGGGUCCUUUCUAAGCCUCUUUUAUGAGAUCCAAAGGGGGCCUAGGCAUGAUUAAGGGAAACGCGAAAAAAAGAGAAUGUGAGAGAGGGGGCCUCUUUGCGAAUGUUUUUGACUCUACUGAGUGCUCUGAAAGACAUUUUUUGCUCAUUCGAGACCACUACUGAAUGUCCGUAUGAAAGAAUGAAACGCGUGUAUAAACUACUCAUCUUACAUUCCCCCCACCCCCUUCCCCCCUCUCUCCCUAAUAUUGAAUAUUCACCGAGGUUGCCUUCAGAGACAAUAAGAAUUCUUCAAUGGUCCAAAACUGUUGUAUGUAACCAAAAGAGCGACAACAUCGACAACACAGCAGACUCCCCCC